AUGGGUCAGAAAGAUGCCAAUUACGUCCAAGGUUAUUUUGAUCCACAUAAAGAGAUCGAUAAAUAUAACUUAGAUGAUUCUACGUUUGAUUUAAUAAAUAUAGAUAGGUUUCAUAAUACAAAAGCAUCUACGGUAUUUUCGUACAUGUUCAUAUGGAUAUUAAUGAUGUUAUCAUGGGUUUUGCUUGCGGUCGAUAUCUAUACUUGUUUGAAUAUAUUGGUGUUUCAUAGGUGGUCCAAUGACGACUAUAAACCAUACGCGUAUUCAGUGGCUAAAUGGAUAUUUACAGGGUGUAUUAUUUUCCAAUUUUUAUUAUUGAUUUACCAUUGGAUAUGGGCCAUUCAUACGUUUCGUACCAAGAAUAUUGCCCUUACCUACGUGAACUGGAUUGCCCGUUUGCUUUAUAUUAUCAGGUCAUAUAACUACCACUGUUUGUUUCACCAAAUAGAACAGGACAAUUUCUUUGAUUGGGCCUGUUUUUUGAGCUACGGCGAGUUAGAUAAUGCAUUACAGAUUCUUGUGGCUGAUACUCCAAGGCAAGUCAUCAAUAUCUUAACCUUGAGGUAUUAUGCGACAGAUGGUGAUAUACUGAAUGAUAUUAUCCAGAAUAUUAAAAAAAUAGCCACUAGCAAUUUGAGAUUAUCGAUCAUCUUAUCGUUCAUGUGUCUCUCGUUUGCCAUUUGGUCAAUUUUCUUUAUCAAGUUUUUAUUAGGUAUGCUUUUAUACAUACCCGUAAUGGUUAAAUUGCGUAAAAGAGAUUAUAAAUCGUUAAAAAAGUACUGCUGUGAUGUCGUCAACGAAAACGUAAGAGUGUUGGUUCUCAAGAAUCAUAAGUCCAAGAAGACAUUGCUCGAAGAAGGUAUAGUGGAUAUCAAAGAUAUUAAUACAAACCCCUUACUUUCAUCUUCAACUACUAGUUUUGAUUUUGAUAAUAAAUUUGAAAAUAUGGUUCUGGGUAUUGGUCACACCGAUUCUAGAAAUAUUUCAGUACCAUCAGCCAUACACGAAGUAAAUUCUGGUUAUCGUUACAACGAUAAUUACAAACUAUACAAUAAAAGUCAUACACAUACAUACGAAUCCUUACCACUUGACGACCUUUCUUCACAAUAUCAUGGUGUCAAACGAACGGUUCCCAAUUCGUAUAUUCCAUCCAAUCUUCAAAGGGCAUAUAAUACCAAUGAUUCAAACUACGGUUUUACAAACCCAUUUGAUGAUAUAAAUAAGAUGACAAGUAAAGAUAAUUUGAUGUUUGCUAGAUCUACACAUACACCGGGUAGAAAGCAGCCACCUGUUGAAUCAGAUCCAUUCGAUGACGAUGCAGCUUCAAGUCUAAAUGAUUCGUUUGAUAAAUCUCAACCAUUAGCACAAAGAAAGUUUUCUAAUAGUUCGCUAACGGAUACAGCCUCCUAUCCACCUAGAACGAUUGAAAAACAACAUUCUAAGUCUUCUUUGAGCUACGACAACCCAGUAAAUCAUAGGAAAGAACCACAUUCAUUACUUCACGCAAACUCAGGAAAUAUACCAUAUCCGUUAAGAGGAGUUUCAAUGUAUGAAGAAGCUAGUGAUAAAGAUUACGAAAAUCCCGAAAAAAUAUCAUCCAGCUCAGAAACUGGAUACCCAGUAGAGUCAGCAUCAAGUACAGAUGAUGACAACGACUUUGCAUAUACAACGCAUCAUUAG